GUGAGAGUGGUUCACCCUGUGCCUUUCAAAGGCCCGGGACCCCUUCGUUAAUUACUUAGCUGAUCAUUGACUCGUGCCUCAUUCAGUUCCCAACGGAGGGUAUGUGGCCUCCUGCCUCCUUCGGGCCGCGAGCCUCCAUCUCGAGCGAAGGGGCCAAAAGGAUGUGCUGAACGCCCAUUUUCAAUAUUUGAACCGCACCGAAACGGGCCCGGCUCUGAUUGUCAUCGAGGACGUCAAGCUUGGCACGAACUUGUCGACCCUCCAUGCCACCCUGUACCAGCAGGCCCUGUUGCCCGAGGCGCCGUGGAUCACCGCGGGGUCGACGCGAAAGGAGGUCGCCGUGUACUUGACCAUGACAGACUUGCGCAAGCAAAGGGGCAUCUCUCUGCCCACGGCUUUUUCUCUGCAGCCCCCCACAGAGGCCGCCCCGCCGCGGCCGGAUCUUGCCGCCCUCCGGGAGGACCGCGAUAAGCACUGGACCCGACUCGAGCUGCCGGUCAACGACCCCCUGAGCUACGCGCGGUGUCUCCGGAACUGCGUGUACUACGACCCCCGGGGCGGGCAGCCAGCCAGCUUGGUAAUUUACAAGUGGAUCCGGCUCGCCUCGGGGGAAAACUUCACGGCCGCGUCAUUGGGUUACGUCGCCGACUGCUGGCCAUACGUGGUCGAAGCCCAGAGGCCGACCAGAUCGGAAGCCGAGGAGCGGCGCCGCCGGGGCGAAAGCCUGCCCCUUGCCCCUGAUGUGAGGCUAUGGUACCCCACCGUGGUCCUCAACCUGGAAGUGAAGAAGCCGCUGCCGGACGAGGGCCUGGAAUGGCUGCAGCUGCGGAUACACUCGAAACAGAUCAAGGACGGCCGGUUCGACCUCGAAGUGGUUGUACUGGACGAGCAUGGAGACUUGGUCGCCCUCAGCAACCACGUGAACCUGAUCCUCAGCAGCGAGAGGAACACGUCUAGAAGGAGCACUGGUGGCGAGCGCGGCGGCGGAGCGAAGGAGCCGCUGAGCCGUUUCUGACAGCUGCAGACCUUCUCUUCUCCCCCUCCAUCUCCCUAAGAAAGAAAAAUAAAUAAUAAAUAAAUAAAUAAACAGCGAACAAAACGAAAACGGGCAAUAGAUGGGGAAAAACAUAAAAUGGGGAAAGGGAGAGGGGCCUUGUCGAGAGGAACAAUCAUUCUCAGAUCCGUGGUUGACAUGCAGGUCGCAGCUCGAUCUGUUGUGGAGCGGUCCUGUCAGCCAACGCAACAGUGGAAGUCGAGGCAAAAGGAGCAACUAGAGCCCAAGAGCACCAGGGCUUCUCAGGCUGAUGCUGCAUAUUUC